AUGGCCGACGAUUCAGCUCCAAUGCCCUCGCUCAAAGCCCGCAUUGCCGCCCUGAAUCUCAACGAGACCGCUGCAAGACCUCCGCCAGUCUACGCCCAGCCCGCGCCCGCGAAGAAGCGCCCCCCGCCCCCGCCGCCAGCAAACCCCCCGCCCCGCCUCUCCGCAGACGAUCGCAGCCAGUCCGUGAACCUACCCACCCAGAGCUAUGCGCCGACGAAUGCGAGGCCCAUUGGCAACCUCCCCGCCGAGUCGAACCCCCAGCAGAAGCGCAUUCUGCCCGCACCAACCCUAGGACCCGCGACUGAGGCCAGGCCUUCUUUACCACCGCGGCCAACGAGAUGCUCGCAGCCCGCGCCUACUCUGCCUCCCCGCCGCCCGUCUGAGCAGAGCGUACGGCGGAAGGAGUCACAAGAGUCCAUAUCUACCGUCGCCUCAUGGCGCUCUGCGGGGUCGGCCCUCUCAGGUCGCACAAGCGUGACGUCGGGCACGCUGUACGGCGACGCUGCAACAUCGUCGAGCCGCGUCAAGGCGCCGCCAUUCGACCCUUCGAAGCUGCCGCCGCUACCGCCCAAGAAGACGCAGGAAGAAAAGGACGCGGAACUUGCAAGGCAUGACCCGGUGCGCGCGAAGUACCUGAACAGGACUUCCAGCUCUCACUCAACUGCUAAGGCGCCCCCGCCUGCGCUCCCGUCCAGGCCAAGUCUUCCACCGCGGCCCACCACAACACAAAAUGAUGCAGGGUUGGCGCGCAAGCCCAGGCGUUCGGCGCUCGAGUGGGGCCUGAACAAGAGCACGGAAGAGGCGCCGCCAUUGCCUACAAGCCGGCCCGGUCAAGAGCCUGCUGGCUCGCCGCCGCCUCCAGUCCCGCUUGGCUCCCGUCCCGACCUGGCCGCUCUCCAGGCCAGCAAGCCGAGAUCUGGAGCUACAAACUCUUGCCUCAAAUGCCGCGACUUCCGUGCUGUAGACGCGCAUGCUGCGCGCUUCCCCCGCGAAGCCAUCCCGUCUCACGACCUCUCGUGGCUAGCGCACGAGCUCACCGACCCCUUCCCUUCUCUGACCGACAAAGCCCGCGCUCUAUUCACAUGGCUUCACCACAACAUCGACUACAACGCCGCCGCCUUCUUCGCCCACAACGUCCAGCCCAGCACGCCCGCCUCGACCAUCGCCACCGGCCUCGCCGUCUGCGAAGGCUACGCCGGCCUCUUCGCCGCGCUCGCCGCCGCCGUCGGGCUCGAGAGCGUCGUCGUCGGCGGGCACGGCAAGGGCUUCGGCCACUCGCCGCUGGCGCCCGGCGCGCCGCUCCCGCCCUUCUCGUGCGGGCACGCCUGGAACGCGGUGCGCAUCGACGGCGCCGAGUGGAAGCUGAUCGACUGCUGCUGGGGCGCCGGCCACAUCGACGGCCGCACCCAGGCCUACACGCGCAAGUUCUCGCCCGAGUGCUUCGACGCCGACAACGACGAGUUCGGCCUGCGCCACUUCCCCGAGAACCCGGCCUACUUCUUCCGCAACGACGGCAGACCCUCCGUCGCCUGGCACGAAUACAUCGCCGCCCCGCCCGGCUGCAACGUCUACGGCUUCGCCGUCGCCGCCGGCCUCAGCAAGACGGCCUUCCUGCCCGACGCCCGCCAGAUCCGCGUCCGCGACCCCGCGGCCCCGCGCGUCGUGCGCUUCCAGUGGGAGAAGCGCUGCCCGCACUUCGACGGCGAGGCGCUGGGCGAGGGCCGCCCGUACCUUUUUUUCUUGGCGGUCGAGGGCCGGGACGGCCGCAACAAGCAGUUCUUGCCCAUGGAGUCGGACGGCCGGUUCUGGUGGCUGGACGUCGAGAGGGUGGAGCUCGGCGCCCCCGGCCAGACCGUCAUGGCGUGUGCGGGCGACAAGUGGCACGGUGGGCCCGAGGGGAGCGGGAGGGGCGUGACGAGGGAGGUGUGGGAGGGCGAUCGGUAUGGGUUUGGGAAUUAUCAGGGGGUUGCUGUUUGGGAUUUGGUAUAG